AUGCGGCCGACACUAAAACUUUGCGCGAUGUGUUCGGACUGUCCUUCAAGAACUUUCGAUGAUGCCACUAAGACGAAAUUGCUGAAUCAAAUUGAAUUUUACUUUUCCGACUCGAACUUGCCGCGCGAUAAGUUCCUGCGGGAAACGGUCGAGAAUGAUCCCGACGGAUUCGUUGACAUCGCGUUACUCGUGACAUUCAGCCGCGUGCGCUCGCUGCUUGGCUCCUACGGACGCCACUGUGACGGUGACCUGGUCGCCGCCGUAGCUGGGGCCUUGGAUACAUCAACACUCCUCACUGUAAGUUGCGACAAGCAACGCGUCCGCCGUAAUUCGAUUUUACGCCCAAGAGCAGAAGUGGACGCUGAGGUGGAGCAACGCAGCUUAUACGUCUCACCUUUUCCGAUGGACGUGACAAUCGACAAACUCCGCGAGUUCUUCUCCCACCACGUUGAGGUACUUUCUAUCCGUCUUCGCCGGCAUGCUUUAUCUAAAGACUUUAAGGGAAGCAUUUUUAUCGAGCUUGAGAGCUCGACGAGCUGUGCCGUGCUGUUGCAAAACUCACAUGCCCUAGAAUAUGAGGGCGCUAAUCUGACUGUAAUGAUGAAGUCUCAGUACCUGGAGAAGAAGAAAGGUACAGAGCCAUGACACUGUCUCGCUUCGUGUGGGGCAAUAAUUUCUUGCUCGCUGUGUCAGUUUCCGCUUUGCAAACUCAGCACGGCGAGGAUCACAGCAGGGUGAAGAGCGCGGAGUUCAGUUUCGAGAGCAUCGCGUUCUGGCACUGGAAAAAACUUGUUGCGGAUAUUUCACGCAACAGAUAUUCUUGAGUGAACCUAUGAGUCUUAAUUGAAAAGUCUUUUGCAGUGCGCGAGCCCUGGAGCGAAACUAUUACGUUCGUAAUACCCCACCCGAUCGCUACCGAGUGCAACUUGCUAUGGUGCUUUGCAGAACCAUCGCGAGUUUUCAGCUUAGAGUCCAGUCAUUUGAAAGCUCGCAAACCAACAAAUUUUGAGUAGUCUACUCUAGAAAUAAGGAAAGAACAAGAAUUCAUUUUAAUGUAUCACCAAAUGGCAUUUAUGUG